AUGGGAGAUGAAGCAAGAUAUGUAGGCGGCCCAUAUGAAGAGAACAUUCCUGGAGGAGACUUUGGGUCAACUGAAAUACUGGAGAAUUUGAUGGAGGAACCCAACGAAGAGCAAUAUGAAGAAGGAGUGUUUGAAGCUUUUGAAGCCGCUAAUCAACCACUAUAUGAUGGAUGUGUUGAAGGUAUUUCUCAACUAUACUUGGCAUCUCGUUUAAUGAAAGUAAAAACUGAUCAUAAUUUGGCGGAGUCAUGUAUGGAUGAGUUAUCACAAACUUUUAGAGAUGUUUUGCCACAACCAAAUAUAUCUCCUGAGUCAUAUUAUGAGAUGAAGAAGCUGACGAAGUCGCUUGGCCUCCCUGUCGUGAAGAUUGAUAUUUGUGAAGAUAAUUGCAUGUUAUUUUGGAAAGAAAAUCGCGAGUUGAUGGCGUGUCGGUUUUGUGGAAAAGAUAGAUAUCACCAGAAGAACCAUGGAAAAGGGAAAAUGCGUCCAAAACAGAGAAUAUUCUAUUUGCCUAUUAUGGAGAGGUUGAAGCGUCUUUACCAACAAGAGGCUACUGCAUCACAAAUGCGAUGGCACGCAGAACAUGAGUCGCCAGAAGGAGAAAUGCACCACCAUUCUGAUGCAGUAGCGUGGAAGCAUUUUAACAAGGUAUAUCCUGAUUUCGCUGCGGAAAGUCGAAAUGUUUAUCUAGGAUUAGCAACAGAUGGAUUUAAUCCAGUGGGUAUGUGCGAUGAAUCCCACUCGGUCUGGCCCGUCAUCGUAACCCCGUAUAACCUACCUCCUGGUAUGUGUAUGAAAAGAGAAUAUUUCUUUUUAUUAGUACUAGUUCCUGGGCCAAGGCAUCCAAAGAAGAGCAUUGAUAUCUAUCUGCAGCCGUUAAUUGAAGAACUAAAAAGUUUGUGGAGCGAUGGAGUCGAAGCCUAUGAUGUCUCGAAGAAGCAAAAUUUUACGAUGCGAGCCGCACUAAUGUGGACAAUUAAUGACUUUCCCGCUUACGGCAUGAUGUCCGGAUGGAUGACUCAUGGCUGUUUAGCUUGUCCAUAUUGUCUUGAUGAUACAAAGUCUUUUUGGUUGCAACAUGGAAGGAAGCAUAGCUGGUUUGACUGCCAUAGAAUGUUCUUGCCUAGGGAGCAUCCUUACAGAAGAAAUGUCCAAGCUUUUCGAAAGGGGCAGACGGUAACUGAUGAUCCUCCAUCAUGGUUGACGGGAGAAGAAAUUUUUCGCGAAAGAAUCAACAACAUCGAAGGACUGAAGGAAACGGUCGAUUGUGGAGGAAAUGGACACGAGAAACCUGCAAGCACUAUAAACGGCUACGACAAAGACCACAAUUGGGUGAAGAAAAGUAUCUUUUGGGAGUUGCCGUAUUGGAAAAACCUGCUUCUUCGCCACAACCUGAACUUCAUGCACGUUGAGAAAAAUUUCUUCGAUAAUCUUAUCAACACGGUGCUUAAUGUUCCCGGGAAGACAAAAGAUAAUGCAAAGUCGAGGAUGGAUCUACCUGAUUUAUGCAGACGGUCUGAGUUACAUAUGAAGGAUGAUGGAACGAUGCCAGUCCCGAUAUUCCGGUUGUCGAAGGAGGAUAAAAAAGAAUUUCUGCGAUGGUUGAAAAAUGAUAUAAAAUUUCCAGAUGGAUACGCUUCAAAGUUUAGUAGUUAUUGGAAAUGCUUGUGA